AUGGCUACCCCCAGUGUCCUUACCUUUGAUAGUGAGGGUCGUGCUGUUGACUUUGAGGUCUGGGUCGAUGACCUCCAGCUGUUCUUACAGUGCGAUAGGGCGGACAGACUCUCACUGUUCGAUCUCACCUCUGGUGUCUCUCCUGCCCCGCCUGCUACUGCUGACAGCAUUGUUCGCUCACAGUGGGCCACGCGCGAUGCUGCUGCACGCCUUGCUGUGCGUCGCCACUUACCAACCACUGAGCGUGCGCACUUUAGCCAGUACAAGAGUGCUAAGACCUUGGACCACUUCCUCUCGGUUUGCCCUACCACACUCACCGUUGGCCUCCUCGAGGAGCGCCUCCUAGAAGUAGAGAAGAGCAUAGUCGUUGUAGGAGCCUCCCGUGGUGACCCUCGCAACCCCGUCUUUGAGGGGUGUUCUCCCUCCCCCCUCUUGCCCUCUGUUGGUUCUGCUGCUGCAGCCGACCUCGUUGGUUUCGAGUCAUUCGGCGCUGCGUCUACCCCUUCGGGGAAGCGCCGCAUAGGCAAGGGCAAGGGUGGCAAGGGCGCUGGAGGGGCUAGUGGGGGCGGUGGAGGUGGUGGUGGAGGCAGUGGAGGGGGUGGGGGUUGUGGUGGGAGUGGUGGCGGGGCCGGAGGUGUCGGUGGAAGCAAUGGAGGCGGAGGAGGCGGUGGCGGUGGAGGAGGGAGCGGAGGCGGCGGUGGUGGAGGAGGCGGCGGAGGCGGCGGAGGCGGCAAAGGUGGCGGUGGAGCUGGUCGCGGCUCUGCGCACAGGAGUGGCUCCGGUGGUGGUUCGCGCCAGCAGCAGCAGCGCGGCCGUGAGACCCUUGAGAAGAAGCGAACGAGAAUGGAUGAACUAUGA